AUGAGUCUAUUGAAAAUCCCCUUCCUCGUGGCUUCGGCCAUUGGCAUGCAUAUCUCGUUGACUUCUCCCUCUCUGCCCCCGUCCUCUCCAGAGAAAGUGGUAUCCUCAGCAUCCGAAUCAUUAAUUAGCCUGUUUCUAGAUCUUCGAGGUCCAGAGUUAUUCAAGAUUGGCGCAUGGGCAGCAUCAUCUGUUGAAGUGGCCAACAUACUGGCCAUGCAUAUUCUAGGUCCUUCGCAGAUUCCAGAGUGCAUCUAUGGCGCUAGCGCUGUGCAGCUUUUGCACACGCUUCACCCCACUCCAAUCACUCUCGUUUUCCUUGCUGGCAGUCUUUCUGUCGCGUGUCGGAAAAGAGCACAGAAUCGUAACAAGUGGGCCGUAUUCUAUUGUCCGCCACCAAGCUACACCGGUUUCCUUCUCCAAUACGUCGGGAUUGUCAUCACGCACGGGAGCCAAAGGUCGUGGAUGAGGCAGUCUGGAAUUUUAGAAGUGCCUUAUAUGAAAGUAUUAGCAGCAAUUGUCUUCUUCCUGCUUACAACAGGCGCUUUGGGUGCCAUCAACCGACCUUCAGUGGAGGACAAGAUGAUGCAGCGUGCUCUGGGAGAGGAUUGGGAGAAUUGGGCUAAGAAAGUGAAAUAUAGAUUGCUUCCUGGGGUUUAUUGA